CUUGUUAAAAAUAAAUCAGUUAAGAUAAUAGUUAGUUUUCAAGUUACAACUAAAAAUGUUAUAAGAAAACCUUUUAUUUUUACGUAAUAUUUUUGGUAGUUAACUGAACUCAGUGGUAUUUGGCAAGCAGUGAAAAACAUGGAUGGUUUCUUGAUGUGGAGUUACAGUUAACAGUUAAUUGAAAAUAGAAACUCUCGAUCAUAAUAUAUCGGUGGCCAUGGCCAACCUUAAUUUUCAACAACCGCCUAGAAGUAUUGCGAACCAAGGUCUUUCGAGGACAGGCUUUGGUACAAGUUCUCUCUCUGGUCAUGUUACGCCUACGUCUGGAAUGUUCCAAGGUUCAAGCAGCUCGUUCACUCCUCAACAACUGUCUCCGAACAGAAACCUCCCUCCAAUGACCAACAGAAAUUUGUUUGGCCAACGAGCUUUUCCGGAGAGGAGGCCUGUACCUGCGCUAAGUUCUGUGAUGCAAGAAUGGAGUUCAAACCCAAUGGGAAGUAUGGGGAGUUUUGGGAUUCCCCAGAAUAGAACGUUCGGAUCUCAAGGUGCUAUGAGCAACUUCCACUCUGUGUUCGGAGGAGGAGGCGGAGGAGAUACCAGCACACCUCCACUAUUAGACUUGUCUCUCUCUGAGUUUCCGUCGUUAACCAAUCGAGGGCAAGGCGACUCCAUGCCACAACCUAGCACCAUGCCUGGCAAACAACCUUAUGUGAAUUCCGUUGGUGUCGCAGUGGGUAUGGUGAAGCAGCCGACGUCAGAGUCGAGUGAGUUCACCAUGAGCAGUGAGGACUUCCCCGCACUACCCGGCACGGCCAGUACGGAGGGUCCUUCGCCCGGCGGGUCUGUGGUUAGUGGUGGAGGAGACAAGACUACCCCCGCCUCCGACCAGCCACCUGCUAGUCAAGACCUGGUCAACAGCAGGCUAGUACUCAGCAAUGACAAGAGCUUAGCUUUAAAACGAGGCAUCCAAACUUCACCGGACGGCAAGGUAACGAAUAUCCCAUCCAGCAUGGUGAAGGACCAGUUUGGCAUGGUGGGGCUGCUGACGUUCAUCAGAGCGGCGGAGACGGACCCCAACCUCGUGUCUCUAGCGCUGGGUCAAGACCUGACAGCUCUGGGGCUCAACCUUAACUCUCCAGACAACCUGUACCCGACCUUCGGUGGUCCCUGGGCGGAAAUGCCUUGCAGGCCACAGGAUAUUGACUACCACGUCCCUCCCGAGUAUAUCAUCAACCACAGCAUUCGGGAAAAACUCGCCCCAAUCAAGUUGUCGAGGUAUAAAGAUGAUCUCUUAUUCUUUAUGUAUUAUACCAACAUGGGAGAUGUACUUCAAAUCGCUGCAGCAGCAGAACUUUACACAAGAGAAUGGAGGUACCACAUGGAAGAGAAGGUGUGGAUUACGCAGGCACCAGGGUACGGAGCUGUGGAGAAGACGUCUACGUACGAGCGAGGCACUUACUACUUCUUCGACGCACAGAACUGGCGUAAAGUGCCCAAAGAGUUUCACCUGGACUACAGCAAACUAGAGAACAGGCCCAGCAUCCCGCAACAGUUGCAUUCUGUAUGACAGACUCUAAGUUUACGAAUUGUUCUCAGGUUUUUUGUUGUCCUAAUUUUUAUCUCUAAAUUCAUUAAGAAUUACCAUUCCUGUAAAAAAAUGAUCAAUUUUCAUAGUUUUUUAAGAAACGUGUUGAAUAUUAUUUUAUUUUAUUUGUGAACCGAUCUAUCGUUCAAAAGACUUUUUAGGAUAUGUUAAUAAUUUCUUUAAGUUAAAUAAAACGUAUAAUUA